CUCCUGCGCUGCUGGAAGAGGCGAUUAUCGCAGUUCCCAACAAACUAUGGCUGGGAGAGGAGGGGCAAGGACUGGCAGAUCUCUCCUCCCAUUGGCUACCCCGGGAAAAGGGGGCUGCCCGCUGCAUUUCUGAGCAUUUUUUAGUCUGGGCAGGCUUGCAAUGGGGAGCAGUUUUGGAAGAGGUUGCGUGGAACUGUACGACAGACUUGGGAGGACUGGCUGACCGCACUUCAUCUCGAUUAGACCACCAACACGGGCAGAAAGUUACCUGACACCUGUGGAGAGAAUCGCUGCCGCCUGCCCAGCUUUUUAACAGCGCCCUCCCUUUCCCUUCCUCUCAUCAUGGACUGCCGUGUCAUUGCUUUGGGAUUUGUCAUUCUUUGCCUUCACUUUGGGCCCGCUUCAGGCACUUUGUUGAAACCUGUUACUAACGUAAAGUGGAAAUCAUUCAAUUUCCGCACAACACUACAAUGGGAAAAGACUUCAGAAAACGUGGUGUACACAGUGAGAUUGACUGACAAGAAAUCUGACUGGAAAAAAAAGCCUGAAUGUACCCAGAUGGAAGCUACAAGCUGUGACUUGACCAGCCUGAUGCAGAACGUAAAUGCCACCUAUUUCGCAGAGGUGCUAAGCUUUGAUGUCACUAUCACAGAGGAAAACGAACAACCUCCUUUCACCAAAUCUCCUGAGAUCCAGCUGUUGAAGGACACUGAGAUUGGACAAGCAAGCUUCAAAAUCGUCAAAAAUGAAACUGAAAUUCAAUUGACAAUAGAAGAUCCACUGACCCACAUCAGAUUUUCAAAUAAAACUCCAAAAACACUCCGGGAUAUCUAUGGACCUGAACUUGAGUACAAAGUGUUUUAUUGGAAAGAUCGCACAAGUGGCAAGAAAACUAAAAUUGUAAAAGGUCAAGUGCUAUUAAUGGAUGUUGACCCAGGAUUCAGUUACUGCUUCUCCAUUCAACCCUAUAUCAGAUCACUGUAUAAGAACGGCCAAGAAAGUUCAUUCCAAUGCACACAUUCUUCAGAAGGUUUUCUUUCAGAUUAUGGCCUUGGUGCCUAUGCCUUAGUGGGACUCGGAGUACUGCUGAUCCUCAGUAUAUUUAUUGGGAUAACAGUGUUCUUGUGCCGACGCAAGACUGUUCACAACAUUCCUGAAGCCAAUCCCUUGACGGUUUAGGCAUAACGUGAAAGAAGUGUGUUUUUGACAGCCCUGUUCCAUGAGCUGAGGGGGCUUUACUUAAACUGAUGGUAGGAAGCAAAAUGAUUCUUUUACAUUUGUACCUUACAGUCACGGCUCAUCAUUCACAGGUGAAUGGAGGAUUGAAAGAUUUGUUUCUGUGAAACUAUAGGACUUAUCCACGUACUGAACAUAUGCAGAAUGGUUUCUGUAAUUUUCUAAAGCACUAAUUAGGAAACUCUGUCAAUGAUUAAUAAGGCACUUUCAUAUAUGGUUUUUCUGUUGGUUUCUGGGUAAUACUAUAAUGCUGUGAAAAUAUGGAUGUUGUAAAUGUAUUUAAUAACUAAGUUUUAAUUAGUUUUCUUUCCAUUGAUGGGCACCUUAAGGAAUCUUAUGUAUAUUGGUGUUUAUUUAUCUUGAAUAUCUUUCAAAGGGGAAUAUAUCUUUUGUAUGAGUACUUUUAAACUUUUUUAGUAAAAAUAAACCAAGUACUUAAUAAAUGAUGGUGA